AACGAAUGUAGUAGGGCUCACUAAGAACCACUCACGCACACACACCCACAUAUGCUCGCUCAGCCACACACACACACACACACAACGAGGAUACAUCUGCAACAACCGCCACAAGUGACGGAGAGUAAUAAAGUUAUUUGUUAAUAAUCGUAUUUUGCCAUGUGCGUAUGUGUAUCGCUGUACUACAUUUAUUUAUUUUAGAGUUUAAACGAAAUGUGCGAAAUAAGCUAGAUCCGCCUGCCUCCUCUCACUGCUAACGGUUUCCCCCAGAUCCUUUCCUUACUCCCGGCCUCCUUCCUUGUCGAAAUCAGUCCGCAUACAAUUUAAAUGGGGAAAAACAUACAUAUAUCCUUCCAAGUUGUUGUUUUUGUUUGAUUGAGCAACAAUAACGACGCAGAGUGCAUACAAGAGAGGAAAAGAAAAGCAUAAACGAAACUGAGAUGAAAACACAAAAGAAAAUGGAAACUAAAGUAAAAGUAAAAGUAAAGGUUAAAAUAAAGGCGACAACACAACACUAUAUAGUUUAUACAUAGUAUUUAUAUGAAUCGUGUAUUGUAUAUGAUAAUAUGCUGUCUAAUCCCCUAAUCCUAACACACACAAACACACAACAUACCCAUUACAUCUAUAAUUUGAAUAUUUUAUUUAGUUGUUUAAACAUCCGUGCGUAAAAAGCGAUCUAUAUAUAUAUAACUCUAUAUAUUAUGAUUAUGAGUAAAUUAAAUAAUAGUUUUUAAUAGUUUUUAAACAGAAACAGAAUGGCUAAGCUCUCCCAAGUGUGUUUUUAUUCCGUAUACGGUGUGUCCCGGGUGGUUAUUUCAGUGUCAUGGCAACCGUCGAUUCAAGGACCAAACAAAUGAUUCCUGCUAAAACGUUGCCCAGAGUGGUUAGUUAGUUAGUCACUCACUUGACCAGCAGCUGGACGAGAAAAUGUCUGUGGAAGACUCUUGGGUGUUUGAUUCGUUGGUGUGCUUCCUGCACGGCCCCAUUUGGAAUGCUCCUCUCCAGACAUUCAUCGAGCAAAAAUCCCUAGUCUUCGAUCCCAACCAGCAGCUGGAUGAGAACAACCCCGAUAUACUCCAGAUCCAUGAGGAGUACAAGAAUCUGGUUGAUUACAUGCUGGGCAGCUUUAUGGAGGAGAUGCAUAUAUCGCCGGAGCAGUUUGAAAUGGCCUGUCUCGAGGGCCGUCAGCAGGGGGGUCAGGGGCAGGGCGAGAAUCCUUUCCAGUUCCACCAGGUGCUGUUCCAGCAGAUAUGGGCAGCCAACGAUUUGAAGAUAUUCAUACGCAUGAUGACGCAACGCAAUGUGGAGCUUCAGCUGCAGGCUCUUGAUCUAAUCGAGAAAAAUCAAUUGGCCCAAAGUGUCGGCGUCGGGGAAGGAGGCGAAGAUGACCACAGUGCAGAGGUGGGCUCAGAUCAAGGGGACACCGCCUCGGAGGUUGAGCAAUUAAUAGCCAAGACCGUCGCCGAUGAACUCGAGAGUCCAGAGGCUGCGCUUACUCCCGAGCAUGAUCCCAGCCUGGAUUCGGUCAACGAUAAGUUUCAGCGCCUGAACUUAUUCUUCGAGCAGGAGGACCAAGUGGAUCCCAGCGACAUGGUGUCGCGGCAGGAGUACCUGCGCCGACAGCGCGACAAGAUUGUCGAGAUCAAGAAGCAAACGCGUGCCAAGCAGCUGCAGGAGACAAUGGCCCGGGGUACGCCGCAUGCCCCCGAGGGGGCACGUCCCAGCUCCGCUUUGGUGGCCCAGCAGCUGUUGGAGAAUGGGGGACGAACCACGGAGCUCUCGAUGCCGGCUCCCCUGGAAAGCGAAGAGAACGCUGCCCUCCAAUUGAGACGCAAUUUGGCCAAGCGCCUGCGCAGCGAAGUUGUGGAACAGAAGUGA